AGCAGCAGCGCGGCAUCUGGCCCAGCACAGGGACCCGAGCAGCCGCGGCAUGAAUCCCUUCAAGGUGCUGACGGUCGCCAUGUGCGCCGUCCUAGCGAUGGCAGGCGACAUCGGUGGAGGCGGAGGCGGUGGAGGCUACGGCGGUGGCGGUGGCUUCGGAGGUGGCCUCGGAGGAGCCAGCUUCCUCGGUGGUUUCGGAGGCGGAGGCUUUGGCGGUGGUGGAUACGGGGGCGGUGGAUUUGGAGGUGCGACUCCCGCCACGGCGCGUGUAACGCGCCCCUAUUGCUUUAUCUUGGUCAAAAUGGUGUCGCAGACAAAGUAUGGCGUCUUGGGCCUGCUGCUCUCGACUGCUGUCUCCACGCAGGAGUUGGCCAGCGAUAAGAGCGGUGGAGGUGGCGGUGCCAGCAAGACCAUCGUCGUUUCCGUCAGCGGCGGAGGUGGUGGCGGUGGUGGAGGCCCUGCUCCCCGGCCCGUAACCCGCUACACUGCCCAUAUAGACCGAACGCCUUUGCCCAUCAAGUACAAACAAGGCCUUGUCGCCACUGGCAACGGCAUCUCCCUUGUAGAGCCCAUCAUGGUCGCCACACAAGUUCCGGGGCCUAGGAUCAGUUUCCCGCAAGGCAUUCCCCGACCACAGCAAGCCUCUGUUCACGUAGCUGAGAUUCAGAGGGUCGACGGCGGAGGCGGUGGAUUCGGAGCCGGUGGUGGGGGCGGUUUUGGCGGUGGAGGUUUUGGCGGUGGCGGAUUUGGUGGUGGCGGAUUCGGCGGCGGCGGAUUCGGCGGCGGUGGAUUCGGCGGCGGUGGAUUCGGUGGUGGAGGAUUCGGUGGAGGCGGAUUUGGAGGCGGUGGUCUCGGCGGUGGCCUUGGUGGUGGCUUUGGAGGUGGUUUCGGUGGAGGAUUUGGAGGCGGUUUCGGAGCUGGUGGCGGCGGAGGCGGUGGAAGUGUGUUCCCACAUCCCCGAGUAGAAGUAGCUGAAGCCGUGCACAAGAUUCCGCUUGGAACAGCAGCCGAUACGCAUAAGGAGGGAGGCGGUGGAGGCCAUGGAGGUGGUGGAGAUACUGCUAUCCUAAGCGUCGACGUUCACCACCACGGUGGUGGCGGUGGAGGCGGAGGACAUGGCGGUGGAUUUGGUGGUGGCGGAUUCGGUGGUGGCGGUUUUGGAGGCGGUGGUGGCGGCUACGGAGGCGGCGGACACGGCGGAGGUGGCGGAGGCCACGGAGGUGCUGCAUUUGCUGCCAUUCCAGUGAAGGUGAUUGAAGUCGCUGGAGCUGCCGGCGGUGCCGGCGCUGUUUCGGGUGGAGGCGGCGGCGGACACCAUGGAGGAGGAUGGCAUUAGACCUCAUGACGAGCCCACUAGUUGAUAUGAAGAAUUGUUGCCAGCUGCGAGCACAUCGCUCUGACCCGCCAAACGCGCCGCGCGUCGAGGCGCCCACCGUGAGCACUGCCACGGCACCAGAGAACACCAGCCGAGCACUGUCAUCCUGUUUUGUAAUAUACUGUUGCGAGACGAUGUGUGAACGUCUCAACUUUUCUGUAAAAUAAACCUUUGUAAAUAUGGUUAAAA